AGAUAGCUACCGGUACCAGAUAACAAACACCAACAAGCAACGAAAUGCGUCGCUAAGAUUUGGAUCUGUAUCAAGUACUAAUACGUUUCCAACCAAGAGUUACAGUUGAAUAUACUUCUUUCUGUUCCGUCAAGGUCUUACAGUACUAAUAGUUCAAAGCAGAGAACCAUCAUGUUGAGAACGGCGCUACUAGCGGCACUGGUAUUCUGUUUGUGUCGGCGUGUCCAGGGAUUCACUGCGUACCACCACCACUACAAUAACCUUUGCUCGACAACCACUGCCACUUCUACUACUAGGUUGUUGCUGUCGAGUAGUAGUACUGAAGAAGAUGAGAUUCAUCCGGCCGUGCUGGAAUGGCCCGACAAAUACUGCAGCAACGAGGAAGAGUGUGGAUUGGGUCCCCGCGUGCUGCACAUGGAAUUCACGGUGGAACCAGGAAGCGCGGAGCUAGUGGAAGAUUUGGACGCGUUAAACUGGCCGACGUGGACGACAGCCAAUAAAGAGAAAUGGGCCGUGGGAAAUCAAAACGCCGACAAGAUCAUGCCCUACGGUGAACUGAGCUAUGUACUUUCCGGAAAACUAGAAAUCAUCCCGUCUGGACAGGAGGAAGCUGUGAUUGUAGGACCGGGCGACCUUGUGACGUUUCCCAAGGGAUUCCAAGCUUCCUGGAGGGUUCUAGAGGAGCUGACAUGGCACUACUUUCUAUACUGAGAAGUUUAUUUCGUACUACCGUAUGCACUAGCUAGACUUUAUAAAAAGAUGGAGAUGUACGGUAGCUUGACAACUACGUACGGUACCUAAAGAUCAGAGGUUCACUAGCUA